AUGACUUUUCUGGAUCUACUCAUGAAGUUAGAAGUUCCACAUGAAGGGCACGAAGAGCCCAACAUCUUGAAGAAUCCAGACUUGGAACCAAUGCCCGCCGAAAGAAGAAUUUGGGGAUUUUGGUCCUUCUUUGGCUACUGGGCAGUUCCAAACAUCACUGUUUGGACAUGGUCCACUGGUAGUGCAAUGCUUGGUUUAGGGUUGAAUAUCCAACAUACCAUGGGUGCUUUAACCCUUGGAAACCUAUUAAUUAUUCUAUACACCUGCUUAAAUUCGAGUAUGGGAUCGAAAUACCAUAUUGGAUAUACUGUGUGUAUGAGGGCAAUUUUCGGAAUUUACGGGUCAGGAAUCGGAAUCAUGAUCCGUAUCAUAUUGUCAAUUGUGUUCUAUGGUUCUCAGAGCUGGCUUGGAGGCUUAGGACUUGUAGUGACAUUUUCAAGUUUUAGCAAGAGCUUUAUGAAUAUGGAGAAUACAUUUCCAGAAAGUUUGGCCAUGACUACUCGUGAUUUUAUUGGGUUUUUGUGCUUCCAAAUCAUCCAAAUGUUCUUUCUUUUCAUGAAACCAGAGAAGAUGAACAGGUAUGUGAAUGCUUCAUGUGCCGCUUGUAUGAUUGCAUUUAUUGCUAUUUUUGCCGCUUGUUUGGCGAAAAAUAAUGGACCAGGAACUUUAUUCGCCGAACCGGUAACUAUGUCUUCAUCUAAAACAGGGUGGAUGUGGCUAUACUCCAUGACCAUUUGGUAUGGCGCAUUGUCUCCAGACGUGACGAACCAAAGUGAUUUUUCGAGGUUUGCUUCUUCUCCCAAGAAAAUGUAUUUGGGAAUUAUUGUUUCCAUUUGUGUCACAGGAACAAUGGUACCUCUUUUCGGUCUCAUCUGUGCUUCAGCAACGAAGGAUUUGUAUGGUGAAUCGUUGUGGUUACCAACAGAUAUUGUUCUCCAAUGGUUGAGUGAAUCCUAUGGCCCGGCGUUGAGGGCAGCCGCGUUCUUUUUGGGAUUAGCUUUUGCUUUUUCCCAACUAUCGUUCAAUGUGUUGGCAAACGGUUUCGCUGGCGGGAUGGACCUUGCAGGUGUGUCUCCCAAAUACAUCAACAUUACCAGAGGAUCCAUUAUUACCGCCUUACUCUCUUGGGUGACGCAGCCCUGGAAUUUCUACAACACAUCAUCUGUAUUUUUGAGUGUGAUGAGUUCUUUUGGUGUGGUUGUCACGCCGAUCAUUGCAGUUUUGGUUGCUGACUUUCUAAUUGUAAGAAAGUCCAUUCUUCCAUUGAUGGAUCUUUACAGUACAAGCAAGAAUGGCACGUUUUACUUCACUAGGGGUUUCAAUUUGCGGGCCAUAUUUGUUUGGUUAGCUGGUGUUGUUCCCGGACUCCCAGGAUUGGUUGCAACAGUACAAGAAUCCAGUAUUCCAGAAGGAUUGAACAAUUUCUUCUACGGAAAUAUUGUAUUUGGUUUUGGUUGUCCGCUCUUGCUAUACGUUAUAGUUUGUAAGAUCUUCCCACCAGCCAACCUUGGUGUGGCUGAUGAAGACGAUCACUUUGGAGCAUUUACUGAUGAAGAGAGAUUGAAGCUUGGAAUGAGCAAGCUUGAGGUUCUUGACGGAACAGAGAUUUCAGACAUACAAGAGGACGAUAUUCUCGAGAAGGAGAAAAAUGAUAUCCGUGUUAGAGAAGAUGUAAUGGUUUAG